AAAGAAGGAAGAACUGAGGAAGAACAGCUGCAAAUAUGGAGCAGAUGAUUGAAGGUGAUAAGCCAAAUCCAGCGCCAUUUUUGACCAAAACCUAUGAUUUGGUGGAUGAUCCUCGCACUGAUCAUGUUGUUUCUUGGGGCCAAUCUCAUUCCACCUUUGUUGUUUGGAGCCCUCCUGAGUUUGCUACUCAUGUUCUUCCCAACUACUUCAAACACAACAAUUUCUCUAGCUUUGUUCGUCAACUCAACACUUAUGGAUUCAAGAAAGUAGUAGCAGAAAGAUGGGAAUUUGGGAACGAAAACUUCAAAAAAGGAGAGAAACAAUUACUCUCACAGAUUCACAGAAGAAAAUCUCAUAAUUACAAUAAUAAUAAUAAUAAUACUAACAAUCUCCAAUUCUUCCAUCUACACGGCGAGCUCUUCACCGCCACUUCCUCCUCCGAUUCCGACGUGCUGGCGGCCCUGACGCAAGACAACCGGCGUCUACGACGAAGGAACUUCAUGCUGCUAUCGGAGCUGACCCAGAUGAAGAAUCUCUACUCGGACAUCAUAUACUUCAUCCAAAACCACGUGAAGCCAUUUGAUCAGAGAAACGGGAAAUGGGUGGCGAAGUUGGUGGAGUUGGAGGCUCCGCCGCCGCAAGUAGCGGUGGCUGAGGCGGCGGGGGAAUCAGAAGAGGUGAAGCUAUUUGGGGUUCCGAUUAGAGGGAAGAAGAGAGGAGCUUCAGAUGAAGAGGAUAGAGUUUGAAGCUUAGUUUUUUAGUGCAGUUUAGAUUUCUUUUUGGUUGAGAUUUUUGUACAUAGAUAUUGAUGGAAUCAUUGAGGAUGUUUUUUUGGUUGG